AUGAUGGAGAUCCAGAUGGACGAGGGCGGCGUAGUGGUGUACCAGGACGACUACUGCUCCGGCUCCGUGAUGUCGGAGCGGGUGUCGGGCCUGGCGGGCUCCAUCUACCGCGAGUUCGAGCGCCUCAUCCACUGCUACGACGAGGAGGUUGUCAAGGAGCUCAUGCCGCUCGUGGUCAACGUGUUGGAGAACCUGGACUCGGUGCUCAGCGAGAACCAGGAGCACGAGGUGGAGCUGGAGCUGCUGCGCGAGGACAACGAGCAGCUGCUCACCCAGUACGAGCGCGAGAAGGCGCUGCGAAACAAAUACCCAGACCAGGGCAAAAGCCCCCAGGUGCUUGUGCUUGUGGCUGUUGGCCUGUCUCAAGUUUACAGUGUUCAGAAAUUCAUCGAGUUUGAAGAUGCCUUGGAACAAGAGAAGAAAGAGCUACAAAUCCAGGUGGAACACUAUGAGUUUCAGACCCGUCAGCUGGAACUGAAGGCCAAAAACUAUGCAGAUCAGAUUUGCCGGUUGGAGGAGCGAGAGUCAGAAAUGAAGAAGGAGUACAACGCUUUGCACCAACGACACACAGAGAUGAUACAGACCUACGUGGAGCACAUCGAGAGGUCCAAGAUGCAGCAAGUUGGGGGGAACAGCCAGACCGAGAGCAGCCUGCCCGGGCGGAGGAAGGAGCGCCCCACCUCUCUGAAUGUCUUCCCCCUGACCGACGGCAUGGUACGUGCACAGAUGGGGGGCAAGCUCGUGCCUUCGGGGGACCACUGGCACCUGAGUGACCUCGGCCAGCUGCAGUUCAGCUCCACCUACCAGUGUCCCCAGGACGAGAUGUCCGAGUCGGGCCAGUCCUCAGUGGCUGCCACGCCCAGCACCACAGGCACCAAGUCCAACACGCCCACGUCCUCCGUGCCCUCGGCCGCCGUCACCCCCCUCAGCGAGAGCCUGCAGCCCCUGGGGGAUUACGGCACCGGCACCAAGAGCAGCAAGCGGGCUCGGGAGAAGCGCAACAGCCGCCACAUGGAGGUCCAGGUCACGCAGGAGAUGCGGAACGUCAGCAUAGGCAUGGGCAGCAGUGACGAGUGGUCUGAUGUUCCAGACAUUAUCGACUCCACCCCAGAGCUGGAGCCCCGCCUCGAUCGCACUGGCAACAGCCCGACCCAGGGGAUUGUCAACAAGGCUUUUGGCAUCAACACUGACUCCCUGUACCACGAGCUGUCGACCGCGGGGUCCGAGGUCAUCGGGGACGUGGACGAAGGGGCCGACCUGCUAGGGGAGUUCUCAGUGCGCGAUGAUUUUUUUGGAAUGGGCAAGGAAGUGGGGAAUCUGCUGCUGGAGAACUCACAGCUUCUAGAAACCAAAAACGCUCUGAACGUGGUGAAGAAUGACCUCAUCGCCAAAGUGGACCAGCUGUCUGGGGAGCAGGAGGUGCUGAAGGGGGACUUGGAAGCUGCCAGGCAAGCCAAACUGAGGCUGGAGAGCCGAAUCAAGGACCUGGAGGAGGAGCUGAGGAGAGUGAAGUCCGAGGCUAUCAUUGCCCGCCGUGAACCCAAAGAAGAGGGGGAGGAUGUAAGCAGCUAUCUCUGUACAGAAUUGGACAAGAUUCCCAUGGCGCAGCGCCGCCGCUUCACUCGGGUAGAGAUGGCCCGUGUGCUGAUGGAACGCAACCAGUAUAAGGAGCGGCUGAUGGAGCUGCAGGAAGCUGUGCGGUGGACCGAGAUGAUCAGAGCAUCCCGAGAGCACCCAUCUGUCCAGGAGAAGAAGAAGUCCACCAUCUGGCAGUUCUUCAGCCGCCUCUUCAGCUCCUCGUCCAGCCCCCCACCAGCCAAGCGGUCCUACCCCUCGGUGAACAUUCAUUACAAGUCACCCACCACAGCAGGCUUCAGUCAGCGCCGAAGCCACGCCCUGUGCCAGAUCUCAGCAGGCAACCGGCCCCUGGAGUUCUUCCCAGAUGACGACUGCACCUCCUCUGCCAGGCGGGAGCAGAAGCGUGAGCAGUACCGCCAGGUGCGCGAGCACGUGCGCAACGACGACGGGCGGCUGCAGGCCUGCGGCUGGAGCCUGCCGGCCAAGUACAAGCAGCUGAGUCCUAACGGGGGCCAGGAGGACACACGGAUGAAGAACGUGCCUGUCCCGGUGUACUGCCGCCCUCUGGUAGAGAAGGAUCCCACCAUGAAGCUGUGGUGUGCUGCGGGGGUCAACUUGAGCGGCUGGAAACCCAGUGAGGACCACACUGGGAAUGGAGUCAAGCUGGAGCCAGGCUGUGACCCUCUGACCUGCAACCGGGAAGUGGAAGGAGAAGCCAAGAGCAACCACACAUCGCCAGAGAAGAAAAAGGCAAAGGAGCUCCAUGAGACAGACGCCACCUCAAGCCGGGUGUGGAUCCUCACCAGCACCCUGACCACCAGCAAGGUGGUGAUCAUCGAUGCCAACCAGCCAGGCACCGUGGUGGACCAGUUCACCGUCUGCAAUGCCCAUGUCCUGUGCAUCUCCAGCAUCCCCGCGGCCAGCGACAGUGACUACCCUCCCGGGGAGAUCUUCCUAGACAGCGACGUGAACCCUGAGGACUCUGGUGCGGACGGGGUGCUGGCCGGCAUCACCCUCGUGGGCUGCGCCACACGCUGCAAUGUGCCGCGGAGCAACUGCUCCUCCCGAGGGGACACCCCAGUGCUGGACAAGGGCCAGGGGGAGGUGGCUACUGCCGCCAAUGAGAAGGUCAACCCUUCACAGUCCACGGAAGAGGCCACAGAGGCCACAGAAGUCCCUGACUCUGGGCCCAGUGAGGCAGAGGCAGCUGCAGUGCGACCCGGGCCCCUCACGGAACACGUCUUCACCGACCUGGCCCCUGCCCCACCCCCCAGUGCCCAGCCUGGCAGUGAAAAUGGGCCAGAGGCUACCUCGAGUGAUGUGCAGCCCGAGCCCGAGCCCAGUGGAGACCCCAAGGGGGCCAGCAGCAGUGCCUCGCCCACCAUGUGGCUGGGAGCCCAGAAUGGCUGGCUGUACGUGCACUCGGCCGUAUCCAACUGGAAGAAGUGCCUGCACUCCAUCAAGCUGAAGGACUCCGUGCUGAGCUUGGUGCACGUGAAAGGACGAGUGCUGGUGGCUCUGGCAGAUGGGACUCUGGCCAUCUUCCACCGCGGCGAAGAUGGCCAGUGGGACCUGAGCAACUACCAUCUGAUGGACCUGGGCCACCCACACCACUCCAUCCGCUGCAUGGCUGUUGUGUACGACCGUGUCUGGUGCGGCUACAAGAACAAGGUGCACGUCAUUCAGCCCAAGACGAUGCAGAUAGAGAAGUCCUUUGAUGCCCACCCGCGGCGGGAGAGCCAAGUGCGGCAACUGGCAUGGAUCGGUGACGGGGUAUGGGUGUCCAUCCGCUUGGACUCCACACUGCGGCUGUAUCACGCCCACACCCACCAGCACCUGCAGGACGUGGACAUCGAGCCCUACGUCAGCAAGAUGCUGGGCACCGGCAAGCUGGGCUUCUCUUUCGUGCGCAUCACGGCCCUGCUUAUUGCGGGCAACCGCCUCUGGGUGGGCACCGGCAACGGAGUCGUCAUCUCCAUCCCGCUGACCGAGACUGUGGUUCUGCACCGAGGCCAGCUUCUGGGGCUCCGAGCCAACAAGACAUCCCCCACAUCUGGGGAGGGGGCCCGCCCAGGAGGCGUCAUCCACGUGUACGGCGACGACAGCACCGACAAGUCGGCUAGCAGCUUCAUCCCCUACUGCUCCAUGGCCCAGGCUCAGCUCUGCUUCCAUGGGCACCGCGACGCUGUCAAGUUCUUUGUCUCAGUGCCAGGGAACGUGUUGGCCACUCUCAAUGGCAGCGUACUGGACAGCCCGUCUGAGGGCCCCGGGCCUGCCGCCCCUGCCUCAGAGGCCGAGGGCCAGAAGCUGAAGAAUGUGCUGGUGCUGAGCGGAGGGGAGGGCUACAUUGACUUCCGCAUUGGCGAUGGGGAGGAUGAUGAGACGGAGGAGAGUGCAGGGGACAUGAGCCAGGUGAAGCCCAUGCUGUCCAAGGCUGAGCGCAGCCACAUCAUCGUGUGGCAGGUGUCCUACUCCCCCGAGUGAGGCAUGGCCUCUAUUGCCCCCUACCUGGCACCAUCAUGUACAUAUGCCCACCCUGCCCCAUGGGGCAGCCCACCAGCCCCUCUCUAACCUCUCAACCUGCAGCUUUCACCUUAGGUCCGGCCUGGGAGCUGACAGGGGCAGCAAGCAGCAAAGCGGAUCUGGCUGGGAGGUGGGAGGGACAGAGCCUUUGGGGACACCCUUUUCCAAGCAGCUCCUGGCCAGCCCCUAGUCCAGAGUCCAGACCCAGGGCACUGGAGGGCCAGAACAAGGCAGAAUUCCAGAGUGAACAUUCCCCAGGGAGCUCCCAACUGCACCAUGGGCUCCCCAUCUCAUCGGGAGAGGAAGCAGGGUCCUCACAGCCAAGGCCCACUUGCCUUUGCCUGCUGUCCAUGAGGGUGGGGGGGUCUGACCUUAAGGGAGCCGGUCCAGCCACUAGCCUUCCCUGGGUUCCCCCAUGCCCUGUCCCUGCCACCCCAGGAAAUGGCAUGAAAGCAUGUAUCCAGGCUCCCUGGGGCAGCUGUUUGAGAAGAUAGAUGCCCCCGUCGUGCUCAUGUUCCCCGAUUACCCUGUGUGGCAGGCUCUCACCAGCCCUCAUCAACCCAUGUGUCCUUUCCUGGGCAGAAGACCCACCUUAUAGAAGCAGGCCCUGCAGUCCUCCUCCUGGAAGGCCCCAGGGUGGGGUUUCUCAGGCUGUCAGGGCAGACCCAAGCCUCAGGAAGGGGUGGGGGGGCACUAGGACACAGGCUCAGCCUCAGGGUGAUGGAAGAAGGUAUGCUCCAGGGCCUGCCUCCCAAGCAGUCUCCAAGGAGCCCAGCUCCCAAGACACGUUACUAAGUGCCUCGGGUUGGUGGUGUGGCCUUCUCCCUUAAGGGCAACUGACAGGCUGACAGCGGAGACCCUAAGGGCUCAGGACGGGCCACCUCCCUGGCUCUAGGAGCAUGCACCCACCUGCUUUGAAGGGCACCGCCCUGGACUGCUGCCUCCCCACCUGCCCAGGCCCAGGCCUUACUCCUGCUCCGAAAAACACUGAUCAGGGCAGCCCCAGGCCCUGCUGCCCACGCACCUCCCACCAGAGAAGCACAGAUCUUGGGCAGCCAUGCCAUAGCCCAGCCAGUACCACUGCAGUCACAUGCAGCUUAGGCUUCUCCCCACCGCCUGCCACUCUCCACUGUGAUGUAUGUCAAGUCCCUUGUCUCUUCCCACAGGGCCAUGGGUGACCGGGGUUAUCUGGGUGGAUGCAGCUGGGGGAAGGGGCUGGGUGACGAUUCUCCUCAGGCUUUGGCCCUGCAAGCAAACUCAUGUAUCUGCUCUGUGUAAUAAAUGUCUUAUCAUGGAACCUCCGUGUCCCUGAACCCAAA